AUGUCGACCAGCUGGCGUUCGCCAUUUCCCAUCCUUCCUGCACCACAAACUACGCCUGUCUCCACAAAUCCCAAGUCUCUGAGGCGGCCUAUUCACAACCCGUACGAUAAAUUCACCAAACCGGAGUUCGACGAAUGGAUUGGUGGAAUCACGAGUGCUCUGCGCAGAGCACUUGGUGAGGAAACUCAAGAAGACGUUACGCUUAACGAACACCAGCCACUGGAUGUUAACGCAGCUGCCGAGGACACAUUCUCAGACCAGUCGUUCGAAGAUUCGUUUGCUGAGAUCCAGAGCAGACGCGCCAAAGGCAAGGCUAGGGACCCGCGAGAGGGCUCUGGCCUCGGUGCUCAGCAAAGUCCGAUUGAAUUGCUUUCCGACUCCGAGUCAGGUGCUGAAAGUGAGGAGAAAUACGAGGAAUACUCUGCUAUGGAAGCAGAGGGCUUUUUUCCCGAGGAGGAAGGCGAGGGUUAUGAUGGCCAUCACGAAGCCGGGAACUGGACUGUACACCGCCGCCACUGCCUGGUCGAUCCUCAAGUCCAGAAAAAUGAGGUGGAGGAGAUAUCCUCUAGGGAGGAGAGUCCGGACAUUAUUGAGAUAUGCUCGGACGAGGAAGAAGAUACUCGAGCUCCUAUACAUGAAACUGGAUUCGGUGGCAGGCAGUAUGCCCGGUCUUCGCAAUUACUUCCUGAUGAGGUAGAAGAUGAGCCAGGUUCUGUCCUGUAUGAACAAGAAGGCCAGCUCGAUGCAGAAGAAGUCGAAGAUUUCCCUCCAUCCACUACGCAGCGUCAACCUUCUCUGUCUCCAGAACUUCCUGAUCCAUGGCAGGGUCCACAAACAUACGCAGAAGAUUUCUACGCUGGCGGUGAUUUCAAUGCGCAAGAUCAGCUGAACGGCGUUUCCCCUUCUAGUCUUACUCCUGUGCAUGACGCGCACGUAGAUACAUUUCUUUCCGACAUAGUACAGGACGACGGGCAUUCUUCUGGUCUUCCCAAGACAGAACUUGCUGUAGUCAAUGUAGACGUGACCGAUGAGGUACUCCCCGAUUCGAGCCCUCCUCCGUCAUCUCCUGUCGAGGCGCGCUCCAGUCGUAGUCAUGUUGAUGAUUACCAGCUCUCGAAUGUGCGAGGGACCCAUGGGGAGCACGAAGAUCCCGAGAACAUUCUUGACCAUUUAUAUCGAGACGCAGACAGCCUGUCUCAAGACGAGCAACAAAUGAUUUUUGCCUCCUCAUUUGAUGAAUUCCAUAGCGGAUCGAUGUCCACUCCCCAAACCUACUCCAAACCUACCGAACAUCUUGACUGGAAUUGGCCUCCCGCGUUCCCGCGAGGAAAGUUUGCUAGCCGCGCUGGACACCUCGAAACUUCUUCUCCAAGGUCGGGGGUUGACGACACUGAAGAGGCGCAGGAUGAGAUCAUUAUUAUUGAUGCGGAACAUGAUGAGGAAGAAGAUGGGAGCGAAGAAGCUCCAGAAGGUCCUAUUCCACUAGGAACCAGUGACCUUGGGUAUGGCGACGAGAUUCAUCAGGAGAAGGACGAGCGCAGUGACGACCAGAACGUAUUAGGCUUGGAAGUUGUUGAAGAAGAUGACAUUAAGACUCCAGAAGUCGACGAGUUUCCGCUUUUGAACUCCCAGCUGAAUGCUGAUGAACGCGCUGCAGUGGAGAGUUUCUUUGAUCUCCUGAAUUGCGAAGCGUUACCUUUAGCAAAUGUGACCGAACAAGUUGAGACUACGCUGGUUGACAUCAGCGGUAUGGUUGCUGCUGAGUUUCUUGGCGGAGAUGUGAUGUCUCCGCCAGGCAUUGAGAAAGCCGGCGACAUUAUGGUGCCAACGGAGGCAUCGGAGCCUGGGGAUAUGGAACUUCGGUCACAGCAUCCAGAUGCUAUGGUAGAAUCAUGCAACUCGAUCGAACCGACCCCUGCCACGGAGAUCCAAAAUGGUUUUGAGAACGUAACCUUGGAGAAUGUCGAACAUGAUUCUCCUUCUGCUGCGCCCACCUCCACAGCCGGUGGCUCUCUUGAGGAACAACUUGACAAACCCAACGACGAGCCUAUCUGUAUUGUUGUGGAGAUGGAAGCUACUACUCCUAUUUCUCGUGGAAUGAGUGAAGGGAUCGAGGUAGCAUCUUUUGCCGGGGAUGUGUGUGAUCUCGAUGGCGAAUAUGUAGUUGAGGAACCUCCUACAGAAGCGUCGGUGGAGCCGGAGGUUCAGGCCGCUGACCUAGUCAACGUGGUGGCGGAGACUGUUCCUGCUACAGCGAAACCUGCUUCUGCGGAACUAUCCUCAUUUGAUAAUCACAACGUCUCGGUCUUCCCAAUGCCCAUAUUUUGUGAUCCCUCCGUGUCAGACCCUAUCAUCUCUUCCGGGACCAAGCAUUCGCAACUGACUCCUCCACCUUUGGACAAACUUCCGGGUACCCCUCACAUCAUCAUCAGCCCGGACUCCACACCAGGCCAACCCACUCCAGUCUCAGUACCCGUCUCCACGUCAAUUUUGCAUACUUUCUCUCGUCGGGAAUCGCCAUCUGAAGGCAGCAGCGGUCCAAGUGGUCUUUUCACGCCUCGGGAGGGCGAGCCGACUAGUGUGGAUACAGGUGAUGUCUUUGGCACUCCUUCACCCUCUCAUGCAGACCUACCGCUUCCGUCUUCUGACGAUGUCGUGGCCUCCGUUACGAGCGCUCUAGCAGAAGAGUCGCGAUCUGAAAUUGACACCACCAUGAUCGAUGUUUCCGACAACAUCGUAGUUACUGAACCAAGUCCAGCCGGGACAUUUAUUGGUAACCAAGAAGAUGAUAAAUCUGAACUCGUAGAAGCUAUGCAGCUUGGCGUAUCCUAUCCUUCGUCCGUCGGUGCUGAUGCAGAGAAUCAAACCGAACAACCACCAACGAAGCCUGCCGCUGGACACCGCUCAGUAGUGGAGGACAUUGCAGUAGCUUCGCUAGAAUCUGAGGAAGUUCAGCAGGUGGACAGAAGCACUCUGCCGACAGCAGCAGAUCAAACACCUUCACCAGAUCAUGAUCAUGAUCUCCCUGAAGACGCUCUAGCAUCAGCAGCUGAAGCUCUCCCCGCAGAGGUCCUCGGAUCCGCGAACUCCCGCUUACCCAGUCCUCUGUCAGAACAAGAAUCAUUGCCAUCGCUGGCACCUGGCCGUCAGGUAUCACCAGAAUCCGUUCGUGAACCUGGCCAAGACGACAGCCAGGAGUACACUGAUUCUAAAUAUGGAUUGGAACACUUCACUAAUGUCCCGGACACACCGCACGAGUCUCCUGGCGUUCAUGAACCCGAGGAGUCUGGAGAUACUGAAGACCGAGAAUCUCAAACGAAGCCCUCGAAGCGGAAGAGAAUGUCACCAGUACAAACUUCCAGUCGUCUUACUCGUUCGAUGUCAAGCGUACACAAGAAAUCUCAAGGAGAUCACAAAGCAGCGCGGAUUGUGCCAGGUCGCGGCCGGAAGCGGAAGCUCCUCGAUAGCGGUAGCGAUCACGGAUCAGCAAGCUCUGGCGCUAGUACCACCGCCAAACUGCUCCAAUUCACUAGCGCCAAUGGGUCACGGGCUUCUUCUAUCGUGUCCUCUGCACCAAGUGAUUCCUCUUCAAUCCAACAUCCUCCGCCGCUCUUCCAUGCACAUGGUGCCAUGCAUCACCGCCAUCGACUGCCACCUCUACCUUCUGCAUCAGUCCGGACUCACAGCACCAAGAUCGCAUCCCCAGACCCUUCCCACAACCCUGAGCGCCAAAAGGAUUACUCUUCGGGUUCGACUCUGUCACGUACCCCCUCUUCCAACGUUCAGCGUUUUGCUGCGUUGACAAGUUCACCCGUCACUCGCUCUAACUGUCGAUUCCACAAAGUCAGUCUACCUAAAGAGGAGGGUGGGCCAAGAGUAUGCUUCGUGGUACCCGGUUGCUCUCUUGGUGACAAAGAGCUGAUGGACGAAGAGGAGAUACAGGAUCAUGGUCCCGCAACUUAUGAGGACUAUUCUCGCUUGGUGGGCAAUAUCGAGGCCUUGGACUUCAAUCCCUAUCUGGUCGGCAUCUUGCGGCAACUAGUCGGAGUGGACCUAAUCCGGGAAAACGAGGUGUUCUUCCUGCUCCAACCCGGAGAGGAAGCACAAUACAAGAAGAAAGGCCGAAAAUCGACCGCAGGAUUGAAGCUUUCCGCAUCCCUGUCACAGAGUACUACCACCUCGCCACAAGUUUCAGUGGCGUCUCGGCGUUCACCAAUGACAUCGAUCUCGCGGCCACCCGUUUCCACCGCAGGAUCAAUCGCGACAUCAUUUAGCUCGUCCUUGUCUGAGGUGCAGCUAUACAAUGCAUCUUCAUUAUUCUCGGCGUCAGGUGAAGAGUCGUCGGAUGAAGAAGGCAGUUCUCCCAAACUUAAACGCCGACGAAAGGAAUCUGUUCCUGAUAAAGCAACCCGUGCCGACGUAGAAGGGGGCGAUUUCUCUCAAAAUCCACUAUCGAAAAGUCCGCAGCGAUCGACCCAUAUCCUGAAACGGAGACAGAGCAAACGACAAGUUGUAGAUUCAGCUGCAUACAAGCCUCAUACAGAAGAUGUAGAGGGCCCUGAUAGCGGAGCAGACGGAUUAGGCAAGGAUCGUCGCAAGAUGAAAAAGAUCAGACGGAACAAGCGGUCUCGUGUAGCAGAUGAAGAACAAGACUCGCAAGCCAAGAGACAGAAGCAGCUCCCCACUGAAUGA